GAGUCUGAAAGUCGCGGCGGGCGGCGGCUCCGCCCUCGGGCCGAGGGUCCUCCUCCGGGACCCGGAGCCGGAAACCCGGCACAGGAAGAGCUUCAGCCCCGCUCGGGGCGCCUCCUCUUCCUCCCCUUCCCUUUUCCCCCCCUCUCCUACCCCACCCGGCAGCGCCGCUAGCGCCCCCCAGCGGCGGCCUCGCACGGCUUCGGGCGCCUUUCUGCGUCUGAGCCACGGGGACCGCUCGGCCUUCGGGGGCGGCAGCAGGAGAAGGACGGAAAAAUGACUCCAAGAAUCGGGUUCCCGUUUUGCUGCUUAAGCCGGAGGCUACACAUUCCGCGGCUGCUUCUCGUGUGUGUGACCUGCCACGCCGCUGCCAUCGGCGCCUUAUUGCAACCUGGCCUGGAAGGAAAUGCCCGCCUUUUGCAACUUCUCAGUAACAAGUCAAACCAGGAGCAGGGCUAUUGUGAAGCAGAAGCUAGAUUAGCUUUGUCUCUCGACUUUUGGACUCUCUCCUCUGAAAACCUCAUAGCUGUGUUGCCAGUUGAUCCUGUUAAAGAAAAUUAUGUUCGUAAAGUGAAAAACUGUGUUUUUUCCAUUGCUUUCCCUACUCCUUUUAAAUCAAGAGUACAUCUUGUGGCAGUUUCAAAGGAAGUUCUAGAAGAUAUUUUGGACCUUGAUUUAUCCGUCUCAGAAACGGAUGAUUUUAUCCAGCUUGUAAGUGGCAAAAAGAUAGUAUUUGGAUCCAUUCCAUUGGCUCACAGAUAUGGUGGCCAUCAGUUUGGAAUAUGGGCAGAUCAGCUUGGGGAUGGAAGAGCCCAUCUUAUUGGAACUUACAUGAACAGGCUGGGUGAAAAGUGGGAACUUCAAUUAAAAGGCUCAGGAAAGACCCCAUACUCCCGAAAUGGUGAUGGCAGAGCUGUACUUCGUUCCUCAGUGAGAGAAUUUUUGUGUAGUGAGGCUAUGUACUAUCUUGGAAUCCCAACCAGCAGAGCUGCAAGUCUAGUUGUAAGUGAUGAUGAAGUAUGGAGAGAUCAGUUCUACAAUGGGAACAUUGUGAAAGAACGAGGUGCAGUAGUGCUUCGCGUUGCAAAAUCAUGGUUUAGAAUCGGAUCAUUAGAAAUUUUGACUCAUUAUGGUGAACUGGAUUUACUAAGGACAUUAUUAGAUUUCAUCAUACAGGAACAUUUCCCCUCAGUAGAUAUCAAAGAACCUAAUAGAUAUGUGGAAUUUUUUUCCAUUGUGGUAUCUGAGACGGCACAACUGAUUGCUCUAUGGAUGUCUAUUGGUUUUGCUCAUGGUGUUUGUAAUACUGAUAACUUCAGUUUGUUAUCCAUUACAAUUGACUAUGGUCCAUUUGGUUUUAUGGAAGCCUAUAAUCCAGAUUUUGUGCCAAACACAUCUGAUGAUGAAAGAAGAUAUAAAAUAGGAAAUCAGGCCAAUAUUGGGAUGUUUAAUUUGAAUAAGUUGUUACAAGCUCUAAACCCAUUACUGGAUCCAGGGCAAAAGCAGCUUGCCGCUCAGAUUCUUGAGGGGUAUCCUGUUCUCUAUUACACAAGAUUUAGAGAAUUGUUCAAAGCCAAAUUGGGACUACUUGGAGAAAGGAAGGGUGAUGAUGAUUUAAUUGCAUUUCUCUUACAUCUCAUGGAAAACACAGAAGCUGAUUUUACAAUGACAUUUCGGCAGCUCAGUGAGAUUACUCAAAGCCAGUUACAGGAGCUCAACAUUCCUCAGCAAUUUUGGGCACUGAAGAUGAUUUCAAAACAUGAACUCUUUCCUGCCUGGGUGUCCCAGUACCUUUUGAGACUGAACAGUAACACGAAUAAUUCAGAUUUUGAAAGAAGAAAAAGAAUGAUGACUAUUAAUCCUAGAUACGUGCUGAAGAACUGGAUGGCAGAGUCUGCAGUGCAGAAAGCAGAAAGGAAUGAUUUUUCAGAGGUCUAUCUUCUGCAGCAAGUUCUUCAGCAUCCUUUUCAGAAGCAUUCUGCAGCUGAGAAAGCAGGCUACUCCUCACCUACUCCUGCUUGGGCUAGACAUCUCAGAGUUAGCUGCUCAUCUUGAUUUGGAAAAAAGAAAUUAAAGAAUACUUCUGUCAUUGAACUUAACAUAGAAUAAUUAAUUUCAUAAAUUCUUAUCUACAUUUUGAUGAAAAUCCUGAAUUUCAUAGUGAUUAUAUAUAAAAAUAUUCUUAACUAGAUAAACUGGACCUAUUUUUUAUAA